UUUGACUCUAGUUUAAAAAAAUAUGUUGUACACAAAAGUAGUUAAUUCACUACUUAAUUUGCUAUAACUCGAAUUAAUAGUUAGAUAAAUAGUUAAUUACUUAUUUACAAUUUUUUAUUAAUUGCUACAUUUGACUCUAGUUUAAAAAAUAUGUUGUACACAAAACUAGUUAAUUCACUAGUUAAUUUGCUAUAACUCGAUUUAAUAGUUACAUAAAUAGUUAAUUAGUUUUUUACAAUUUUUUAUUAAUCGCUACAUUUUUUAGAUGGAUCGUCCUAGAUAUUCGGUUGAUAUGGGUAACCUUGAGCGCAACCGAACGAAAGAGCUUGCGAGGAAGAGAUCCUGCAAAGACCAACCGAGGACCAUUGACGAAGAAGAGCUCGAGGACGAGGACGACGAUGUGGAGGAAGUAAUUCCGGAGAGCCACGACGAGGAGGAGGAGGAGGAGGGUUGCGGCAGCCAUGAUGCCGACCAAGCAGCCUCAUCCCAAACAGGUACAAAAAAAGUAAAUCUGAACUAAUGGCUAAUAAUUUUUCUAAGUGGAAGGACCCGAACACCGGGAAUUGGACAGCAACUUGCAAUUGGUGCAAGAAAAACUAUAGCUUGGGGAUUUCCGGCGGAUACGGAUCCGCCACAAGACACCUUAAGUCCAAACACCCGGUGGAGUAUGCAAAAUUAGGCGGCGGAACGGGGAAGCAAACGCAAAUAUCGAGGUUUGCAAAUAACCAACAAGCUUUUGGUAAUUUCUCAUACAAUGAUGCACAAAAUUUGACAGGUAUGGCUAACUUACUUGUUGAAGAAAAUUUGCCUUAUUUGUUUUCUGAAAGUCUUGCUUUUCGUGAUUAUGCACAAACUUGUUUAAAUCCGCAAUAUAGAGGUUAUAGUCGCAAAAUGGUUAAGAAAGAAAUUUCAAGGCUUUAUGGUGCGGAAAAGGUAAGGUUACAAAAUUAUUAUGCAAACUUUGAUGGACGUGUUACUGUAUGUUCUGACAUAUGGGAGGAUACUUGUCAUAAUUUACAUUAUUUAGGUCUGACUGUACAUUAUAUUGAUAAUGAUUGGCAUAUGCAUAAACGUGUUCUUGCUUUCCGUGAAUUUAAUGAUCGUC